GACAAAACGGAGAAUUAAAAACUUGACACUGUAUAAAUAUUUUUAAUGACAAACGUGCCGUUGAAAACUUCUUGUUUUUAGAAUGGGAAAACAUCAUUUUAAUAUCAAGAAAAUCUGUUUGGUAAGGUCCACUUAAUCAAUCAAUCUGAUCGAUCCAGUUUUAUUUAAUCAUCUAUAUAUAUCAAGUUGAUGAAUUGAAGAAGUAUUAAUUAAUAUAUGAAUGAUGAGUUGUUUCACCAUGUCAUUUGAUAUGAUCGUGAGAGAAGAAUAAUGAAGGCAGAGCCAAGCCAACUAACUAGUCAAUAUAUUUGUGAUUUUGAUUGUGAUUUGUGAAUCUCCAACAAGAUGGAACAAGAUGGUUCUAUUGGUAAAGCAAUCCGCCUCACGCAUGUUUUGGCUGCCUCCUUCGCCGGCUUGAUUGCGGCUGCUGCCGCCUCGCAUUACCGGAACCAAGUGUCAACGGUGGUGUUAGACAAGAAGAUCAUUCCCAAAGUAGAUAGAUCAGAAUCUGGCCGUAUUGGACAGAUAGAAAAAUUCUCCCACUAUGUUGCUAGGCAAAUAGGAUUUGAAGAUGCAAGUGAGGUCCCAGAGUUAUGCAUGUUGGCUCAAGAAUAUCUACAAAAAUCCAAAGCUUGUGACCAAAGCAUCUAUGAAUAUAUUGCCAAUGAGAAUGACUCUGAAUCUCUAUACGUGAAAUUGGUUGAUGAGUUUGAGAGAUGCAUUCUCAGUUAUUUUGCAUUUCAUUGGAAACAAGCUCCAUUUGUUAUUAGUCAGGUGUUGAGUAUUGAGUCUCAACACAAAACAAAGCUGAAGGAAAUUCUAUUGGCAGCUACAAGGAAACAAAGGUUUGAAACAGUAACCAAGAAUCUGAAGGUGACAAGAGUGUUCUCAACUUUGGUAGAAGAGAUGAAAACAAUCGAUGGCAAGGAAGUCAUGAUCCCCAUAGCCCACAGUGAGAGGAGUCCGGUGCUACUGUUCAUGGGCGGUGGUAUGGGAGCCGGAAAGAGCACUGUUCUUAAAAACAUUCUAAAAGAAUCAUUUUGGGUAGGAGCAUCUUCAAAUGUUGUGGUUGUUGAAGCAGAUGCUUUUAAGGAGAGAGAUGUUAUAUAUAAAGCCCUUAACUCUAGGGGUCACCAUGAUGACAUGCUUCAAACAGCUGAAUUGGUGCAUCAAUCUUCCACUGAUGCUGCGUCGUCUCUACUAGUUGCAGCUCUAAACAAAGGGCGAGAUGUGAUCAUGGACGGUACCUUAUCAUGGGAACCUUUUGUGGAGCAGACUAUUGAAAUGGCAAGAAAUGUUCACAAAUAUAAGUACAGAAUGGGGGUAGGGUAUAAAGUAGCUGAGGAUGGGACAAUUAAUGAAAAUUAUUGGGAGCAAGUGAAUGAGGCAGAAGAACAAGAGGAAGAUUCUAAAAGGGAACUGCACACUCAAAAGCCUUACAAAAUUGAGCUAGUUGGUGUGGUUUGUGAUGGCUAUCUUGCAGUUAUUAGAGGCAUUAGGAGAGCUAUUAUGACAGGAAGAGCAGUGAGGGUGAAUUCACAGUUGAAAUCUCACAAAAGAUUUGCUAAUGCAUUUCCCAAAUAUUGCAAACUUGUUGAUAAAGCAAGAUUGUUUUGCACAAAUGGUGUUGGUGUUCCACCAAAGCUUAUUGGGUGGAAAGAUGGUGAUCACAAUCUACUAGUGGAUCCUGAUGACAUCAAAAGCUUGAAAAAUGUAGCAAGUUUGAAUUCCGAAGCUGAUUCGAUCUAUGAACUUCACAAGGAACCUAGCCCAGUAAUGGAACCUGGUUCUGUUUGGAAUGACUUUGUUCUGUCACCUUCAAGGUCAAGUGUUCAGAAAGAGUUAAGGGAAUCCAUUUGUAAAAUAGAGAAAUCCUUCAGAAAAAUGUGACCAAUGUGGUUCCUGCCAGAACCAAGUGUGACUAUCUUGUGAAGUGUGAUGUAUCAAAAACUUAUUUCAAUCGUGUGAUUUACUAAGAUAAGAAAGAAAAGGCUUUUUAAUUGAGUUUAAUGGAUAUGCUCUGUCAGUGUAAAUUACUUUUACACUGACAUCCAUUAGGAAUCAAGCAUUUCUCCAUGUCAUACAAUUGAAGUGGGGUGAUUUGGCAGAAUGCACGGUUACUAUUGAAUGACAGUGUAAAAUUAGUUUACACUAUCCAUGCAUAUACUAUUUUCUCUUUAAUUGAUUGGUGUAAAAAAAUUGAUUGCUGUAAAAAAACCAUUACUCAAUCCUGAAAAUUGUAAAUUGGUGCAAAUCAAAAGAUAUUUGUAAGAAUGAAGUUAUUCAUAGAAAAAUUAUUUCUAUUCAA